AUGGCUACUCCCAACGCGAUUAUGCUGGCGACAAUCUUCUACACCCUGCGGCUUCUCCACGCCCUCCGAGACGAUGAUCGCUUUCCUCUUUGGAACUCUGUUCCCGGUUUCUCCCUCUCAGUGUGGAAGGCAACUGCCAACCUGAUACGCUACGGUAGAAUCAAGAAAAAGGUCAGAUUUGACAUGUCGCACCUUGAGCAAUCAACACAGCAGGCAGAUGAGGAACUCUAG